CCUCCAGACUGUCGACGCCCGCACCCAUGGCAGCACAUCUCGAGACGGGUGAUCGUGUCUGGGUGCCCUCAGACACGAUGGUAUGGGCUCUUGCCACAGUUGCCAACGUGGGCUCGUCAGCUGCGACGGUCGAGUUUAUGGACGUUGCCCUCGCUUCGUCGCCGUCACCGGCUACCGCGUCGGUCCCGCUCGACGCCAUCGUCCCGACUUCGUUCCCGGUAGAAGAGCCCGAGGGUGUCGAGAACCUGGUGACUCUCCCGCGGCUCUCCGAGGGCGAUGUGCUGCAUCUGUCGCGUGUCCGCCUCGCCGGCUCCAACAUCUACGCCUGGAUGGGCUCGGCGCUCCUCGCCAUCAACCCGUACAAGGCCAUGCCUGCGCUCUACGGGCCGGCCACCGUUGCCCGCUUUCUCGAGUCCAAUUCGCGCGCCGAUGCCGAGCCGCACGUCUAUGCCGUCGCCGACCGCGCCUACCGCAAGGCCACCUCGACCGGCCGCGCCCAGGGCAUCGUCAUCUCGGGCGAGUCUGGCGCCGGCAAGUCACGUACCACCGGCUUCAUCCUCGAGUACACCACCCGCGUCGCCUCGCAGAACACCGGCAGCGACGACGACGACGACGCCGCCGACAUGGCCUACGACUCGGACGAGGAGGACUAUGCCCCCGCCCCGCUCGCCACCCGCAUCGUCGCCGCCACCCCGGUCCUCGAGGCCUUUGGCAACGCCAAGACCGUCCGCAACAACAACUCAUCACGUUUCGGCAAGUUUAUCAAGGUCCACUUUGACUCGGUAGGCUCCAUCGCCGGCGCCUCGUUUGAGACGUACCUGCUCGAAAAGUCGCGCGUCUGCUCGCAGUCGGGUACCGAGCGCAACUACCACAUAUUCUACCAGCUCCUGGCCGGUACCUUUGCUGCCGAGAAAGAGCGCUUCUUCCUCAAGGACGUGAGCGAGUACGCGUACCUCAAUCCGGGCUGCUACACCAUCCCCGGCGCCAACGACGCCGACGACUUUAUCGAGCUCAAGGACGCCUUUAACGCCAUCGGCCUUGUCCCCGACGAAAUUGACUUUGUCUUUUCGGUCGUCUCGGCCGUUCUCCUCUUUGGCAACGUCCAGUUCACGCCAUCGGGCUCAGACGGCUGUCAGCUGGCCGACGAGACGCCCGUCAACGAGAUUGCCCAGCUCCUCGGCAUUGCCCCAGCCGAGCUCUCCAAGACCCUCACCACUCGUCGCAUUGUCUCGCGCAACUCGAUCUACUACAAGCCGCGUACCCCCAACGACGCCCGCAUCGCCGCUGGCUCGGCCGCAAAGACCCUCUACUCGCGCCUCUUUGACUGGCUUGUCGUCAAAAUCAAUGCCUCGGUCGCCUCGUCCGCCGACUCAGCCACGCCGCUCCUCGAUGGGCCAUACGUCGGCAUCCUCGACAUCUUUGGCUUUGAGAUCUUUGAGCACAACUCGUUUGAGCAGUUCCUCAUCAACUUUGUCAACGAGCGCCUCCAGCAGCUCUUUGUCGCCCACACCUUUAAGCUCCAGCUCGCAGAGUACUCGGCCGAGGGCCUCAACGUCGAGGCCAUCGAGUUCAAGGACAACCAAGAGUGCCUCGACCUCAUCCAGCAAAAGAACUCGGGCAUCCUCGCCAUGCUCCGUGACGAGUGUAAGGUCCCGCGCGGCUCAGACGCGAACCUCCUCUCCAAAAUGCACGACGCUUUCCGCGGCUCGCCGUACUACGACGCGCCCCGCAAGGCUGCCAACUCGGCCUUUGCCAUCAACCACUACGCCGGCCCGGUCACCUACGAGAUCGACGGCUUCCUCGAGAAAAACAAGGACCCGCCAUUUGCCGAGUUUAACGAGCUAGUCGCCGCCUCGUCUGCCGCACUAGUCGCCGCCGUCUACGCCCCGCUCGCGACCCCAGCCGCCGUCCCGGCUGGUGGCGGCCGCGGCCGCGCCAAGGGCCCCGCCGGCCUCGCGCAGCAGUUUAUGACCUCGCUCAACUCGCUCAUGGAUACCCUCGGCGCCACCGACCUGCACUUUAUCCGCUGCAUCAAGCCAAACGACGCCCAGCUGGCCGACACCUUUGACCCGGCCGUUGUCAUGCGCCAGAUUCGCUGCCAGGGCAUGCUCGAGACCAUCGAGAUGCGCAAGCGCGCGUACCCCGUCUGGGUUCCGUUUGACGACUUCCUGGCCCGCUUCGGCUUCCUGCUCGACGCCUCGGCCGCUCCGGCGUCGGUUCAGGACCAGUGCCGUGCCAUCAUCGAGUCCGCCGGCACGCUCGCCCAUAUGGAGGACACUCCUGACGGCGCACCCGCAUCGCUGCAGUGGCAGAUCGGAAAGUCCAAGGUCUUUCUCAAGGACGGCCUCUCCACCUCGCUUGAGAUGGUCCGCGAGGAGCGGCUCUCGGCUUCGGUCGUCAAGAUCCAGCGAAUGGUCCGCGGCGCCCUCGCCCGUGCCGCCCUCGCCGCCGCUGCUGCUGACAAGCUCGCCUCGCUUGAGGCUGCUCGCCUUACCCGAGUCGACGUCGAAAUCACCCGCCUCGAGUACGAGCGCAAGGAGCGCGAGCGGCUCGAGGCCGAGCGCCGCGAGCGUGAGCGACUCGAGGCCGAGCGGCUCGAGCGUGAGCGGCUCGAGGCCGAGCGGCUCGAGGCCGAGCGGCUCGAGCGUGAGCGCUUCGAGGCCGAACAGGCCGCCAUGCUUGCCGCUGAGCAGGCCGAGCAGGACCAGCGGAAGCGCGAAGCCAUGGAGGCAGAGCGCAAGGCCAAGGAGGCCGCCGCCGCCGAGGAGCGUGCCGCCGCCGAGGCUGCCGCCGCCGCUUCUCGUGCCGCCGCCGAGGCCGAGGAGGCCGAGCGCUUGGCCGCGCUUGACGAAAAGGCCGCCGCUGCUGCUGCCGAGCGCGCUGCACUCGCCGAGGCCGAGGCCAAGCUCAAGGAGCCCGAGGCCGAGCCGGCAGGUGGAGCUGCAGUCUCUGGCGAGCGCAAGACCUCGGCCGAACUUCGCGCCGAGCUCGGCGAUGCCUACGUCGAGGGACUACCAGCCGAACUACAGGGCGUGGCGCUGCAGCCGCCGCCGCCACCGCCACCGCGGAGCUCGUCGCUCAAGGUCGCGACCUGUGAGGGCUACCUCAUGAAAAAGGGCGGGUCGUCGAUCCGAGUCGCAUGGGAGCAGCGCUUUUUUGCGCUUACUCCAACAGAGCUCACCUACUCGGCCCACAAGUACAAGCCAGUCAAGGGCCGAAUCAAGAUCGACGACAUGACCAAGGUCGGCGUCGAUGCCAGCUCGGGCAAGGCCAACUGCAUUGCGCUCGACACCACAUACCGCACCUUUUACAUGUAUGCCGGUAACGAAGAGACCAUGGACAACUGGAUCGUCUGCCUUGCGCUCGCCAUCAAACGUGCAGACCGCAUGCGCGCCGCCGCACGUCGCCAGGAGGCCAAGGCCCGCUCAGAGCUCAAGAAGGGCUACCUGCAGAAGCAAGGUGGUCAGCGUCAGAACUGGCUCACCCGCUUCUUUGUCCUCACUACCUCCAAGCUCACCUACGCGCCCAAGAAAAACUCGGCCCAGCGCCGCGAGAUCCUUGUCCGCGACAUGACUUCGGCCGCCCAGGUCGACGGCCUCUUCCGCAUCGACAUUGCCACUGCCAAGCGGACAUACAAGCUCCAGGCCCGCUCCGAGGACGAGAUGAAUGACUGGCUCGAGGCCUUUGACAUGGCUCUGCACCCGGACAAGGCCCGCGCCUCGGCCCGCCGCUCGGUGCCGCCCGGUGCCGCGCCGUCGUCUUCAUCCAAUGAGCUUGUUGUCGACGGCGUCACCGUCGACCUCAGCGACCCGGACGCCAUCGUCAAGUCGUCGACACUACAAAAGCGCGCGGGCUCCAAGAACUCGUGGUCGUCGCGGUUUGUCACACUCACCCCGUCGCAGAUCACCUACGCCGCCAAGGAGGGCAAGGCACUCAAGGGCUCGAUCCAGCUGGCCGACGUCACGAGCGUCUCACGAAACUCGGACCAGGACAAGGCCAACUGCUUCGAGGUCGUUACCCCGUAUCGCACCUUCCACUUUAUCGCGCCAACGCAAGAGAUCAUGUUUUCCUGGCUCGUCAUCCUCAAAAAGGUCAUCGCCAUCACCGCCGCCGCCGCUCCGUCGGGCCCGGGCAGCGCCAUUAAGGGCAUCGGCAAGGAGGGUUUCCUCAACAAGCGCGGCGGCUCACGGACCAAUUGGACCAAACGCUGGUUUACCAUCACCCCAUCGGCUCUCACCUAUGCGCCCAAGAAGAACAAGCCGAUCAAGGGCGCCAUCCCGCUCGGCGAGAUCGCUAUGGUGCAGGUCUGCGGUGACCCAGCCGUGACCAAGAAGCGGACCUUUGUCUUCGAGGUCGUCACCGAGGCGCGGACCUACUACUUGCAGGCCGAGGGCGGAAAGGAUGACAUGGUGGCCUGGAUCGACGCCAUCGACGGCGCGUCCAAGGGCAUUCAGAUCUAGCCGUAAACGCGGGCCGCAUCCGCGAGAGGCGGUCACCUUCUCAUCGCGAUGGCCACUAGCCGCCGGACAACAGCAGUCGGGACGGGCUUGCCUGCGUGGAGCAGCUUGGCCACGUGCUCAC